ACAUAAAUAAAAAAAAGCCUCUGCCUUUUUUUCUCUCUGGUUUCUUCCUCAAGAUAUUCGAAUUAUUAUCGAAGAAAACGACAUUCGAUCGGCUUCUUCUUUAUUCCGACGGGCGUCUAAUUCAAGCAACAACAUGAAUUCUUGGAUUUCAUCUGUCGAUUCGUUGAUUUAAUAAGAUUUUGGGCCUUUUUGUAGAUUGGCCGGAAGUUAUAUAUAUAUAUAUUUAUAUAUAUAUCUAUAUAUAUUUGUAUUUGUAAUCAGAAGAAGACGAAAAGAGGAGGGAUAAAUUAUUAAGGAUUUUGAUCAUCGGAAAAAAGCUUGAAGAUUUUGAUUGAUUUAUUAUUAUUGAUUAAAAAGAAUAAUCAUCCGAAAACUACAAUGGAUCUACUUAAGUUUAUCAAUUCAGAUAUGACAUGGGGGGCUGUUAAAAAAGGACAUAGGAGUAACAUAGGGCGGCCGAGGCAGCAGGUUGGGAAAAGUCGUAUAAAGGGGAAUAAAAUUCAGGACUCGGUUGUAUCUGAUUACGAGAAGUCUGGUGUAGCUGUUCUUGGUCAACGUUUUGCUGAGGCAGUACUUGAUGUCCCUAUAAAGAAAAGAAUACUUAAGCUUCAGUCUCCAUCCGUAAGUGGGGAAGUCGCUCGGUUACCUCAACCGCAGACUUCCAGCCAUGAAGACAUCGAACUAGGCAGUAAACAAAGGGAGCACUUAAUGUUGAACAAGAAAGAGGUUUCUGACUCGAAUGAUUUCUCUGGUAUUGAACUACUUGCUGAUGCUGCAUGCCAUAGUUCCGUUUUUGAUGGUUCUAGUCAAUUGGAACCCUCUGAAAUUGAAAAACAGACGACACCAAGAGCCGAUGCAAAGACUGAUGGUUCAAAAGAGGAGAUUACCCCGAUGGACUCGGAUGUUUCAUCCGUUCAUGAUACUACGUUAAAAGUUGUACAAAGUUUAUGUGAUAAUGGGAAUGGUGAGACCGACAAAAGUCAUGCUCCUCCAAAAGCUUCGCGGCUACAUUGGGACUUGAAUACUGUGAUGGAAGAGUGGGAAGAACCUUGUACUCCUGUUGACGAUCAUUGCGAGAAAAGUAAUAUGAAAGAUACUUAUAACGAUGAUUUGCUGAAUUCUAAAACGAAUUUGGAAAGUUAUGAAACUCGAAAUUCUCAAGUGGCAGAAGAAAAGGGUAGCACCUUACAUGAUGCUACGGUUUCCAUUGAGCCGUUCUGCAAAUCAGAGAUUUUAGGUACUCAAGGAAACAAUGAUGGCGUAAUUACGUGCAAGACAUCAGAUGCAGAGAGUUCUAUGAGUAAAUCAGAUGUGCUUGAUUCAUUUGCUUAUCCCCUUAAGUGUGAAACUGUUUCUACUUCCACUGCCUCUGUUUCACUAGGACAAACCACCUUAAAGGUUGAGCCUUUAAUCAAGUCUGAUGAUGGGCAGGCGGAGUCUGAAAUAGUACAAGGUGGGUGUUUGUCUUUUAAAGGUGAUUGUGAUGAUAAGCUUACUUCGGAAGAUCGUCUCAGUGAUUGCUGUGGAUCAAAUGUUUCCCACGAUGAGCGGGCUGAGGAGAAUACGGUAGAUAAAGUUAAGGUAGACUAUGAUUCUCCGGUUGAAGAUGGUGAAUUUAGAGAGCCAACUAUAUACCACAUUUGGCAGAAGGAUGAAGUGGAAGACACAGAAGACAUAGAGUGUGUUGACUAUGAGUCUGAUAAUAUGUAUGAAGAUAACUUUGAUACAAAUGAAUCAGUUCAGGAUGAAAUUGAGGUUGGGCAUCAACAAACGAAUGGAACAUUAGGUGCAGAAUUGAUCAAUGAACAUCAUGAAAGUGUUAAAGCAGAGGUCCUGGGGUCUAAAGAUAAAGCUUCUGACUAUCAGCUGCAAGAGCGGUCACAGUGUGCCAGUUUGGAAAAGAAGGAUGAUAGCUUAGCAAAACUUAAUACUGUGAGUAGAAGUGGAGGGAAUGUGUUCUGUACAGAUAGAUCAACAUCUUUUGGUGCACGCAAAGAUAAUACUUACAGAUCUGACAAUAUUGGAUAUUCUUAUUCACGAGCUGAGAGGGAUUUUGGUCCAGGAAAGUUUAUAGGACGGGACAGACCAUACUACCGUGGCCGUGGCCCAAAUGAUGAUGGACAGUGGGGAGAUUCCUUUUCAAGAAACAGUCGUGGAGGAUCAAAUAGCCGUGACAACAAUCGAGCUAUAAACUACAAUCCAAGGAGUGUUAACAGGACUUUCAACAAUAGGCCAUCACCAUCUGACAGAAAUGAAUCUUAUGGUGUUAUUCCCAGGGGAACAUCACCAGCAAGGGGCAUUAGCCAUGAUAGAUUUAAGGGUGGAGUUAGAAGAGUUCCUCCAGAAUACUACAACGAUUCUGAUCCAUGUUAUUCAGAAAGGAAGGUUCAUUCUUUUUCCUCCAAUUAUAAUCGAGGUGCUCAUAUUCCCCAAUCCCGUAAACGAUCCCGGUCAAGAUCUCGAUCAGGGUCCCCCAUUGCAUGGCAUUUUCAGAAAAAAAGAAGUAUGGAUACAAAUGAAGAAAACCCAGAUCAUAGGUCUGAUACGAGAGUUCCUUUUCGGAAGCCCAGUUUCUCAGGGGAAAUUGAAGCAUCUAGAGGGUAUAACGAACGAAACGGUGUCAAUGGGCCGUAUAGGGACAAGAGAUCAUCACCAGUCAGCACAUUGCAGCGAAACCAAAGGUUUGAUCCACCUGGAUAUCUUGGAAGAGUGAAGCCAGAGGAGAAUAUCCGCGCCAUUACACGCCCUGGAAGAUUUCCACAGGCAAGUAUCAACAAUAGCACUAUUCAUGAUGACAAAUAUGGGAUGAUGAAUGAAAGGAGGCAAUUCAGGGAUGAUCUGGACGACCCUCUCAAGGCUCGGUACCCCCGUAAUAAAGAUAAUGGCUUCAGAUACCCUCGUAAUGACUAUAGAUGCUUUAAAGAUUCAGAGAAUACAAUCGAGGAAAAAGGUUGUAGAUACACUGCUAACAAGAUGUUCAACACUGGGGAACGAUAUUUUCAGAAAAAUAAUUUGCAAAGGGAAUGAUGAUUUCCUUGCGUGACAUUAGGUCUGCGUUUUAUUACUUUUUUUUUUUUGUUUUUCAGUUUGACAAGGGGAUUAUUAGAUGGUACAUAUGAGAUUUUGAAUCGUGGAUUCCCCCUUUUUUUGCCAGAAGUUCUAUUUUUUUGCAUCUUUUUACCUUUUUAGGUCAGCUUGAUAGGAUACUGGUCAGCAGAAGUAUUUAGGACGAUUUUUUAUACGUCUGAUGUCUUGUUUGAGUGGCCUUUAAGAUAAUACCAUUUAGUGUAUUCUUCUGGUCAUUUCCUUUGUAAUACACGAAGUUGGUUGAAUCAUUUACUCAUGGAAGAACAUACUUUUGAC